AUGCAAAUCGAGCAGCUGCUGAGAAAUACAUUGGCAAUUUUCGAUCGGCCUUCAAGGAUUGUUACUUUUCUCGACGAUUCGAUCCAAAAAAUAUCAAAGUAUGGCAACUUAUUUUUACUUUAUCUAAGUCAGAACCGCCCCUUGUUGGCAAUUUUGCGUGGCGCUGAAUGCUUGUUAGCUGUUGGUCAAGGAAAACGAUGCGUUGAUUGGAUCAAUAGUAGUCGGGAAGGCAUCAGAGAUGAAGAAGUGGCCUUAGUUAGGAAUUUAAUUAAUAAUGAUGCCGAUUCAAAUCCCGAACACUUGGACGAGUUGCUGGAAAAAGCAAAAGUGUUAGCUGAGGUCGAGGAACGAAAUGAACAUCUUGCUGGCAAGCGGCGACUGUUAUCCGCAUUCGCGGCACGAAAUAUCACUUUCGAUCCGGCGAUUGUUUUCAGUGAUCCUGAAUCAUUUGAGUGGUCACAGAUUGAAGUGAAACUAGAAUGGCUGCAACAGGUUUGCUUUGUUUCUAACAUUGAUAUCCAGCUGUGCUUGGAAUUCUUGAACCACCCGUAA